ACUGAAGCCGCCGGUGGCUUGAAUUUAUACGAGAUUUUCAUGGUGGAUCGUUCUUCUGCGUGUGUCCACGUGUUCUUUGACGCGCGGCUGAUAUUGUAGAGAAAAAAAAGGAAAAAAAAAGAUCUUCGUCGGUAAUCACAAUUUCUCUCUCUUUCUCUUUCGCUCCUCUCCCUUCUCCAUUCUCCAUCCCGAGUAGAAUUUGUUCGUUAAUUUGAAACUAAUAUCUUCCUUCCUGUCACGAAAGUAUUUUCGGGGAAACGAAACGAGAGAACUAGAACUCGAGAUGCAUACGCAAACGCUGUCUCAGUUUCAAUCAUCCAAGAAGAAUGAGAAUCAAUAAAGUGCAAUAAAAAUUUAUAAGUAUACGUGAUUAAAUAAAUAAAGAAAAAACGAACCGUUGUAAAACUUUUUUUUUCUUUUCUUCGAUACCUGAUACCGACUUUUUAUUAUCCAAACUACGUGAAAAGAAAAGGAAAAAAAAAGGGAAAAAAGAAGGAAAAAAGAAACGAAAUCUGUGAUCGUGUCAGUUUAUAUAUAUAUAAAAUAUACAUAUAUGUAUAACCGUUUUACAGAUUCGCUGUAAGAUUAUUUUUUCGAGCGAAAAAUUCCAAUUGAAGUCUUAUUAUUCGAUGGCCGACGGGCACACGUGUGGAUCUCUCGAGGAAAAUGGAAUGGAUUAACUGUAAUCGCGAUAUUUUUCGAAAAGCAAUACGAAUCCUUGCGUCACGUCGAUUUAACUUAAAAAAAAAAAAAAACGACGAUAGAAAUCCUCCCUGAUUCCGUUUCAAAUGUAUUCGUGCAGAGCAACACGUUUGCUACGUCGUGGCAGUUUUUGCGCGGCUCUCGUCGAAACAAACACGGACACGAAUUAAUCACGAGAGCGUAUUGAUGUAUUCAAAGUUUGAAAUUUCGACGGUUUUACGACGAGCAUCGAAACGAAUUCGCGGAACUGCAACGUACUUUCCCUUCGCCCCUCCGAUCCUCCUACCAUUCACACGCGUUUCCUCGUUGUUUGAUUAAUCAUCGCAAGAUGAUGUUUCGAUCCAAUUCUGUAUCCACCGCGAAUCUAGCCUAUCCUUUCUUGUAGUUUCAUAGGUGGAACAAUAUCGUAGAUCCGCGUAGAGAGAUCGAUAUUUCUUUCUACGUGUGAAUUUCUUAUCUUCCCUUCGCUCAAUCGAUAUCGUUAUUACACGAAACUGUAUAAAUUGUACGUGUAAACAUUGGAAGAUCGAUCAAACGAAAUUCUUUCUUAAAUAACUUACAUCGUUCUCGAGAUUUUCGUUUUUGUUUCGAGUUUCUACUUGAGACCGAGGCGUGAAUAACAGGUAUGCCGAUAUUGUUCCGAAUUUUCGUUUCAAUGUUGAAACCAUCGUCGAAAAUUUUGUACUUUCGAUACGAAUUUGACCCCGAGUUAUAGUCUCCGCAUAAAUGAUUGUACGACAUGUGUGUAUUUUUAAUUUGUCCUCCGUUUAAAAUAAGCCGAGGAUUAAAAAAUAUUAGUAACGAUGAAAAGAAACAGGUUUCUUUUUUUUUCCUCUACACAAUCAACUAUCUUAUAGGAAUUGUUGUACAUUUAUCGACAUUUCGUCUGCAUUUGAUAAUCAUUUGAAACGAUUUGUUUAACAUAUCGUGAGAAAAUAAAAAGUAAGUCCUUGUUUUCGAUUGAGGAAAGGGAACGGGAAGAGAGGAGAAUGGAAAAUAGAAGAGAAGUUAAAUGCGGACGAAAGGUUUAAAAAAAACAGGGAUCAAACGACAAAAAGUAUUAUAGACGUAAGAAAUGUAAAGGGAGAUGCGCUUGUGUAAAAUUCAGUAUAAGAAGCUGCCAUUAUCGUUCGACGUAGCAAAAUCUUCGGAUUGAUCGUUUCAUGAUAUUUUCGAUUUUACGAUUGUUCGAGAUAGAUCUGCGUAUUAGGUAUAUUAGAAAGCUCUGAAUUAUUACGUAUGUAUAACGAAGUUUUCUUAUUCCAAGUAACGAUUCCAUGUGAACAGGAUCGCGUGCGUGUCGCGUGACACUGCUAUCGAUUGAAUAGAGAAACGUAGAGAAUGAAAACGUGGGUGGGGGAGAGAGAGGGUCUAAGAAAAAAGAAAGGAGGGAGAGUGAAGUAUAAUAAAAGAAGCCAUGAGACACGAAACUUGAUUCGAUCGAUUCAUUUACUCGCUUCCUUGCUUUCACCGUUGUUUGACAUCGUCGUAAAAAUUGUGUUUGCGAAAAAACGAUAUUUUUAUCCGAUAAAAAUUUUUUCUGUACUUCCCUUAUGGUUUAAGAAAAUACACGUCCUUCGACGAUUGAGUAUCGAUAUAAUUAAAUAAGGAAGAAAAAUAGCCGAUCAGUAACUAUACAUUUAAUAACUCGGAUCACGAUUUACGAAAUUAAAUAAUAUUGAAAAAGAAACGAUAUUGUACGCGUUGAAAAAAAUGAAUAAACCUUGGAACACUCUUCGGUAAAACUUUUGUCUAGAGUCUCCUAGAGGAUAAACGAAUAAGAUAAAUGCAAGAGAAAGAGAGAGUGAGAAAAAGAUUUUAUUAAAAAAACUCUUGAUUGAUCUCUUUCGAAAUAAGUAACAAAUUUAAUAGAGAAUAUAAGAUCGAUAGGUUAUAAUAAAUGAUAAGACUUUAAUACACUCGAAACAAUUUGGAUCGUAAUUUUACGCGUGUCUGCGUGUAACGUGUCGAAUCUUGAGGCAUCGAUAGAUAUGUAUCUACCAUAGAAAAUCUCUAUGUAAUUUCACCACUAUGCGUAUAAUGAUGUUUUGUAACUUAUGUUUGCUGUGUAACGAAAAAGAAAAAAAAAAGGAAUCAACAUUUUAUCGGUUAUACCAAUAUCGAUCGUCUGAUCCUUUUUUUUUCGUAAUUUCGUAAUUUCGUAAUGUUUUGCGUAACUCGAGGAACAUAAGACACAAAAAUACACAAAUACACGAUACAAACGGUGAAUGAAAAAAAAAAAAAUACUUUCUUACGUUGAUCGACGUUUUCUUACGCCCGCCUUCUUACGAACAUUUGUGUCCUUUUAUUUCGAAUAUUUAUUCAUAAAUCCGUUGGAAUCGAAUUUUAAUAAAAUCCACAAUAUAAAACAUUGAUUGUUUGGUGUCUGUAUUAUGCUCCGUUGAAUUUUCAUAUUCAUCGCAACGAUAAAAAAAAACUGGACGAGAGGGAAGAGGGAAAGAGAGAUAAAAGAAUGGAAGAUGGGAAAAAUUAUGAAAGAAAAUAUAGAAGUAAUAUUUCUGAACCAUUGUAGUUAAUUGUCUUCGUUAAGGUCUCGAUGACAAUAUCUUUUAGUUCUGUAAUAAAUCAUCAAAUUCUACACGUACGUGUACGUGCGUGCGUGGUUGCAUGCGUGUAAUAUAAGUCUGAUUAUUAUAAAAGACCAACUACGUCGUCCUAAUAAUAAAAUAAAUACAGCUCGUUUGUAGAUGGUUCACAAUCAAAAAAAAAAAAAAAAAAAAAAGAUUUUGCGUGUAUAAGCGGAAAACGUAUAUAUGAAUUAUAUAAAUAUAUAAAUAUAUUGCGAAACGUAAGAAAAAUAUCGAAUGUAAAAGGAAUUAGACAAAAAAAGUUGAUUGUCGAUAAGUUUAUCUUGGAAAUUUUUCUGUAUCUCGAAGAUAUAACGCGUGAGAAAAUGAAACGUAUUGAUUAAAUAUUGCUUAUUGCUUCAUGAUCGGUCGUUGCAAUAAGUAUUUGUGAUAAAUUGUUUCUUUAGAAUCAUUUAAAAAGGAAAAAUUUAUUCGGCAUACUUAAAACCGUGAAAAACGGUUUUCCAUAAUUGUGUCAAAUUAAAUAAAACCGAUCAAUAAACUUAGUAAAUCUCCUUUCAGGAGAUUGUGAGAAAACGGAUUGAUAAAAAAUGAUGGAUAGAGAUUUUAAGAAAUUUUAAGAGAUUUUAAAUUACACCAUUAUCCUUGCAUCCUCUGCAACUUUUUUCUUACAUUUCAAGGGACACGAGCGUUCUUGGUUAAGUACAUAUGAAUUAUCCUUUGGAAGAAGAAAAGUAACGUUUCAACAAUGAAGAAUCAAUAUGAUAAAUUAUCAUGGAAAGAAGUACGAGAUUUGUUUAGAACAUGGAGAGAAGAUAGUGAAAGACGAAGUAAAGAUGUAGUUGAUUUAUGGGAAGCUAAAUUAAUGGGAAAAAUUGAUCAUCUUGGCAAUGAAAAAUAUCUGGUUUUGGAACAAGUCUGUAUAGCAGCAUUGGAUUGUGAUCGUCAUUCUUUAGCGGAAUAUUGCAUUAAAAUAUUAAAGAGAGAAUUUCCUAGCAGUUUAAGAGUUCAUAAAUAUCAUGCUAUGCAUCUCGAAGCUUUGGAAAUGUAUGAUGAAGCAUUAGAAGUUUUGGAUUCUAUUAUAAAAAGAGAUGAAACAAAUGCUGCACCAAGAAAAAGACGUAUAGCUAUAUUAAAAGCAAAAGGUCGAAUACCAGAAGCUAUUAAAGAGCUUACAGAAUACUUAAAAAAAUUUAUGAGUGAUCAAGAAGCAUGGCAUGAAUUGUGCGAUUUAUAUUUACAAGAACAAGAAUAUUCUAAGGCUGCAUUCUGUAUGGAAGAACUCAUAUUACAUAAUCCACAUAGUCAUUUAAUUUAUCAAAGAUAUGCAGAAAUAAAAUAUUCUCAGGGUGGAUUUGAAAAUAUGGAAUUAGCAAAAGCAUAUUUUUGUCAAGCUGCAAGAUUGAAUCCAAAUAAUAUUAGAGCUUUAUAUGGUUUAUUGUUGGCAUCAAAUAAUAUUGCUACAUCACCCAAAUGUCCUUCUUCUAAAAAAAAAGAUGCAAUAAAAUUAAGUGAAUGGGCAGCUAAUCAAAUUGAAAAGCAAUAUCAAUCAAAAGUUACAGAUGAAAAUAUUAAAACAUUAGAAGGAUUAUUAGGACAACUACAACUUGAAAUUUAGGUAUAUAAAUUUAUAUAUAUGUACAUGUUUAUAAGUACUGUAACAUAUGUAAAUGUAUAUGUAACUCCUUAUACUUCAAUUUAUAUAUAUAUACACAUAUAUAUAUAUUUAUUGCUCGAUAUAAAUUUUCUUUGAUAAAUGAAUCCUUUAGUGAAUCAAAUAAAUUGGAUAUUAAGAUGUUAUUAUGCAAAAUAAUGAAAUACUUAGUUAAGAAAAUAAUUUUUAAACAUUUUUAUCAUAAAUUAAUGAAAAAAAUUUAUCACUUUUCCAAUAUAUUUUCAUUUAAAGAUAUUAAAAAUUGUAUUAUUAGCACUUUUAAGUCUGUUUUGUCAUCAAAUCUGUAAUAAAUUUCUGAAUGUUAUGUUUCAUAUUUUGAAUUGCACAUAUAAUUGUGGAAAAAAUAAUAAUUUUAAAAAAAUUAUAUUUUAAAUCACGAAUUUAAAAGAAAAUAAAUAUUUGUUCACGUAAAAUAA